AUAGACUUACACCCUUGCGUUUUAUCCUUCGUCCUCUUUCUCUAUUACCUUAUACGUUGAAGCACCUAUUGAAAGAAGGAUAUUUUUUACAUCCUUCGUUUUGGUCACCUCUCUGUGGCGGAGGAGAAGCAAACGAGAAAAUCCAGAGGGGAUGAACAAGGAUCAAACAAGGGUCGCUAUAAAACGGAUCCCUUUCCUCAUCCUUGAAAUAGUUUUCGUUUUGCUCUUCAACAAGUAACAUAUCCUUCGUGCCUUUUUCUGUGUAAAAAGAUUCGUUUACACGAUCAGAUCUGCAAAAUGUCGCGAUCGUUUCUAGUGGAUUCGUUAAUCGGUGACAAACCGACACCAGUGAAAAGUAACUCGUUCGAUUACGGACAGUUUACUCAAUUACCAGUGACUCCGCCGGCAACCCUACCUUACUCCCCGUGCUACGUUGGAAGCUAUCUAUUCUCACUUGGAUUACAACAGCAGCAACAACAACAGCUGCAUAUGCCGCAUCUACAUCAUCUACCGCAACCGCAUAACCUGUCGCUGGAUCUAUCGCCCAAACUCUACCAGCCAACCGACGUCAAACCACCAAGGCUUUCACCCAAAGAGGAGUACUACCGCAAGCUGUACCGGUACGAGAAAACCCCCGAGCGUUUCUCGCCAUAUCCUACGUCCCCACUGAACACCACCAAGCAUACUACCCUCAAAUCAUCGACUCCUUCGCCAACACCCACGGACGCCCUGGCGUUCACCAUCGAUGAUGAACUAUCCAGCAAGCGAAUCCGCACGGCCUUCACGAGCACCCAACUGCUGGAACUGGAACGCGAGUUCUCCACCAACAUGUACCUCACACGACUACGGCGGAUCGAGAUCGCCACUCGGCUCCGGUUGUCCGAGAAACAGGUGAAAAUCUGGUUCCAGAACCGACGGGUCAAGCGUAAGAAGGGCGAUGCCCCGAUCGUGUGCCCCAGUAUGGGUGCUUCUUCCGACGGUUCGUCACCUUGUGGCCAAUCAGUGCAACAGCAAAAUCAUCAAAAGUGUUGCUGCCAUGGAACGUCCUGUGGAGGCGGAUCGGAUAGUGAGGAGGUGAAUGUUGAUGGCGAUUGUCAGCAGGAGGUCGAUCGUAAGCCCACCAUUGAGCAAGUGCAGUUACUUCAGCAGCAUGCUUGGGAUUUCAGUAAGGGGUUUCAUUGAAAGGGGUGAAAAUGUGAGCUUUUCGAUUUUACCAGUGAUUUGUAAAUAAUGUGUUAUAAAAUCAAAAGUACCUAAAUGUAAAUAUGUCAUUACCGAUCGGACUUCAGAAAUACUGAAAUUAACUUCAUGAAGAUAUUUUAAAAGUUUUGUUUGUACAUUAGAUAUAGACAG